AUGUCCAAAGCCGACCUAAACAAUUGCACAAUUGCAGAAUUUCCCGCUAAAGGCCAGAUCCUUACUAUCCCUUUUCCAACUCCACGCCUUGCAACAAUAGCGCAAUCAGUCUUAAAUGUUGAUAAGGAACUAAAAAGUGAUCAAGUUAAAAGAAUUAUUAGCACAAAUGAUACUGAUCUUAUCGUGCAGUUUAAUUGUUCAAGUGUAAAGAUGUUACGAGUUUCUGUAAACUCUUUGUUAGAAAUGUUAAUCAUGGUAACUAAAACUAUAGACGCUUUUGACGGAAUGGAAUGA